AUGUAAACUAAUUAAAAUACGUCGUCUAAUUUGUUACUUUAAAACAAGAAGGAACAGUUCCACAUUCAAAUUAGAAAAGAAAAGAGAGAGGAGAUCUUCAAAUCUAAAAGAAUCAUACAAAAAUUAAGCGAAACACACGAACACAUCUAAAUGAAUCUUGAGGUAUCGAAUUUUAAUACAAAAUCAGUAAUUAGAUUACUACAUCACAGAAUUGAUGAAACAAUGUAUUGAUAUCUACAGAAACCGAUAACCUGAUGAAAUAGAUAAAACCCUGUAUAAUUUAAUGAGUUUGAGAAUGUUACAGAAUUUUGAUUAUGGAGAAGAGACCUUCUCACUUUGUUUGUUUAAGAAUGAUUUUAUCGAGUAAAACCAAUAAUGUAAUGUAGAUACAUUCUAGUUCUAUUGAAUGAACAAUACGAUCAGGCAUCUUAAUUAUAGGCUGAAGCAGCCACUAUUUUAGCUAAUUUUUUUGGUAUUAUGGAUAAAAAUUCAAGAUUGUACUUUUAAUCCUAUCUCCCUAAGUUGAAUGUACUUGCUGAUGUGAUUAUUAAGAAUCUUGGGAGAUUGCUAACUUCAUAGAAUGCUAUCUUGGUUGAUUCAGUAUGAUUGAGCUUAAUUAUUAGUGUUUGUAUGCUCUAGGCAAUGCAUUCUAUGAUUAAUAAAUAUUGGUUCAAAAAUUCAAAUAGCAUUUUGGAUUUAAGCAUCUGCUACAAAUGUCGAUGAAUCUGAACACAAUAGUCUGGGUAUUGGAUACUUUGACAGCCAAUAGAGAAUAUCUGAACAAAGAAGAGUUGCACUUAUCCUUACAAAUUAUUGAUAAAUAAUUGUAAACCUCUGACAUCAAAGACAUUAGCCAUAGUUUGAGUGCCAUCAGGAAUCUCUGUCAAUAUCAAAUUAAUGCGAUACCAUUAAUUAUUGAUUUAGAUUCUUUUUCUAAAAUUAUUGUCAUUAUUUUAUAGGGACAAGAUUUGGAACAUCAUUCUACUUCCUUAGAGAUCAUAUUUUCACUAAGUAACUUAAAUGAUUUCGAUUAAAUCAAGAAGUUGGACAAUAAAUAUCAUAUAAUGGAGAUAUAUAUUACAUACUUGUCAUCUUACUAGAAGGAGUAUAGAGUGAGAUCAAUGAUGUCAUUGGCUAAUCUAUGUAAUUUGAAUGAGUAUUUUGCUAUUUCCUUAUCUAAAACACCUUUGAUAAUAGAGAAAAUCAUAUCAAUAACCAUAUAAACAGAACAACAGUAGAUUCUGAAUGGAGUUAACUUGAUUCAUAGCAUGUUACAAUAUGAAAAGAUUGAGAUCAAUCAAAUUUUCAUAAGCAAUUAGAUCUUGAAUCUAAUUUCACGGAUAUUGGAAUAUUUAGACAAUGAAAUAUUAAUAUCCACUCUGAAAUCUUUGUGGAUCUUAUUACACUCUAUUGAUAACUAUACGGUUUAACUAUAGGUUCCUGGAGAUAAUAAAGUCAAAUCACAGGUUUACAUCAUGAAUCAAUUAAAUAUACACAACAUCUAAGAUAAAUUAUUGACCUUAUACUAAAAUAUUAAUAAUUAAGAGGUAAGAGACUGGAUCGAUGAGUGCAUCAAUAUUAUGGAGAAAACUCAAAAUUGUAUAGAAAAUUAUUGA